GACUGCUGACAUGUUUUGUGGUUUCAAAAACAUGAAGGUAAUAAUGCAACUAUUAUCAUUUGUGGCAUGUGUCUGGAUUGUUUCUGCUGCUGAGAAUGAAAUCUUUUCAUCAACAGAUCAAGUCAUGCAGCUCGUGGAGGAAGAGAGAUACCUUCUGAAGAUCUUCAGGAACUAUAUAACUAUUGAGGAAAAAAAUUUAAACGUACUCAAAGGCAUUCUUGAGCUUCUUACGCAGCUCUCAAACUCUGAGGACUCUGAGGAAACCAUGAGUAACCCUGUUGCAGCUUUCAAACUCAUACAACGAAUGAGAAUUGAAUGGGUGACUAUGGUAAACUCCACUAAACGGAGUAUUUAUGAAGAAUUUCAAGUAAUACUGCACUCAGAUAUACUAAAUAUCCCAUCAAAUGAAGAUAUUGAGGGUGCAGCUUUAGGACUUAUUAGUCUGCAAGAGAUCUACAAACUCUCCCCAGAAGACAUCGUAAAAGGAACGUUUUUCGGUGAGGACGAAGCUUACCAUGUGGGGUAUAUCGCUUAUAAGCAGGACAAAUUUCAGCUUGCAUUUCACUGGUUUCUAUACAGUCUGAAAAUGCUAAAUAAUCCAGACUCCAGACCUUCAAUACGAGUUGUUACUAAGGAACUUUUGCUUUCUUACCUGGGCACCUCAGCAUAUAAGUUUGGAAGUCUACCUGUGGCAAUAAACUACACCAAACAGCUUCUAAAUCUGGACCCAACUAAUGAUAAAGUUAAACAUUUAUUGAAGUCGUACAGAACCCUUCAACAAUCUUCAGUUUCAUACUACCCUAAUAUAAACAAACUGAGUACAAAGUCACAUAACUCCUAUGAAGCAUUGUGCAGGGGAAAUGUUCACCAGAAGACCUCCAGAAGGCAGAGAGCACUGUCCUGUAGGUACAGCACAGGUGGAGGAAACCCCAGGCUGAUUCUGGCCCCACUAAAAGAAGAGGUGGAGUGGAAUGAACCCCGGAUCAUCAGAUUUCAUGACAUAAUAUCAGACAACGAGAUUGAGAUCCUGAAGAAUCUCUCGAGACCUUUGCUUUCCAGGACUGUGACUAAAUCAGGCAUCUCAAAUAUCCUUGUUUCUCAAAGCGUUUUCCUGGAUGAAGACGACACUGUGGUUGUUCGAGUCAAUCAAAGGGUCGCGGAUGCUACAGGACUCUCUAUGGAAACAGCUGAAGAGCUACACGUUCAGAAUUAUGGGAUAGGUGGCGGACAUGAACCACAUUAUGAUGCAGGGUUUGACGAGAAUGAAAGGAUUGCUACAUUCCAUAUUUAUAUGAGUGAUGUCAAGAUCGGGGGCGCCACUGUGUUUCCUAAAGUUGGAGUUGCACUGCAACCUAAAAAGGGUUCAGCUGUGUUUUGGUACAACCUUAAAAAAAAUGGUGAUGUGGAUUUAAGAAUAAAUCAUGCUGGAUGCCCUGUCUUAGUGGGUAAUAAAUGGGUGGCUAACAAAUGGAUCCAUGAGUUUGGGCAGGAGUUCAGGAGACCCUGUUCAUUGUCAAAGUGGGAGUGAAAGGCAUCGUAACCCUAUACAAGGAAUCUUCAUUUUUUUAUGUAUCUGUAUAUUUAUUUUCUCAUGAUUUGUAUAUUACUUUAGACUGUAUGAUCUCUUUUACAAAUUAUAAAGACAGACAGACAGGCAAGCAGAUAGAUAGACAAAAAUAAUCAGAAAUUAAUCAAAUGAGCAAUUGAUCAAAUCAGACACUAUUAACUGUA